CGAAAGGACACAGGUAUUCCGUUCAGAAAAGAAAAGUAGAGGGGCCAUCGAUGGACAAGCGUAAGUCUUCCCUUGGCGGUCUUCAUUCAUGUCCUGUGCCAUACUCUGUGAGUAUCAGGUGAUUAUCGAUGAAAGGUGAUCAAGUGUAUCGUACGUGACCGGUAACAUUUCUCGAACGACUAACGAAAAUCAAACGACAAAGUGGCAAAAGAGUGUGUGCUGAACGUUCCAAUGAUGAAACUGGAUUUUGCUGGUGAAUAAUACAUCCUUGAAGUUUCUGCUGCACUUCAGGACCAUGAAAAAUGCGACAGAAACUGAAGUAACAAGGACCAACACUAUACUUCACUUUUUCGAAGCAGCUUCUUCCGUCAGCAAAAGAACGGAAGAAUUCCACCUGAAUUAAAAAUUCACCUGUGAACGACGUAAACUUUGUUUUAAAUUUUGUUGCUGCCAUUACGUAUUCAGCACGUAUAUACGUACCUGCAAAAAGGAUCCGGACUACUUGUGUAAAAGAUUCACAUUCGAACUUUUCGAAUGCAGUGACUUUGAUGGGAAGGAAUAGUGGAGAAAGUUUUAUUCGCUGAAAUAUAUCCUCAAGAACAAUGAUUCUUUCAGAAACAUGGAAAAAAGGCUACUUGUCAAUUGAAGUAAAAGUGUCGUAAAAGAAUUUUUCUUCACAAUUUUCCCGGGAAGUUCGGAAACCUUCUCCACGUGGAAAAGGUUAGCAGGCACCAUGGGGAUGAAGAAGAUGAAUUUGCUGGUGAUAUUAGUCUUAGUGUCAACGGUGACAAGUUCCUUCACUGGUUUAUUACGAAACGUGCUUCAAUUGGGUAAGGCUGAGACUGAUAGCAAAGGGAUUACUUAUCCAAUUCUACGCAGUGGAAUAAGAAGUCAACCCCAAAUUCCACAUUAUAUUCCCUUUCCCUGCAACGUUACAUUUGGAAGGUCUCGCUCUGCUCCUGACAGUGUGCAUCGUUUAAGACCAGGCGACAUAGACAUUGUCGGUGGUUUAGGCGAUUCUUUGGUCGCAGGAAGCGGUGCUCUAGAGGAAUACGCAAUUGGAACGUUUAUAGAAGCCCGCGGAGUUAGCUGGUGUGUGGGUGGACAAGGUGAUUGGAGACGGUUCUUAACCGUUCCUAAUUUAUUAAAGGUGUUCAAUCCCAAUUUGUCAGGUUACUCGACGGGCACAGGCGAAUUUAUUUCAGGUAAAGCGAAACUGAACAUCGCUUUUCCUGUCGCAGCUACGGAAGACGCGUUGCAGCAGGCUCGAAUUCUGGUGCAAAGGAUCAAAAGCGAUCCAAAAGUCGAUGUUAAACGACAAUGGAAGCUCGUCACCAUUUUUUUCGGUGCAAAUGACAUAUGUUCUGCGCAGUGCUUCAAUCCGGCACAGUUUUCACCAGUUCGUUAUGCUCUUCAUUUACGAAGAGCGCUGGACUUUUUGAAAAUUGCUUUGCCUCGUACACUAGUCAACCUCGUGCCAGUUAUAGAUGUUACAGUAUCCAUUAGAGUUCCUCGAAGUGCUAUGUGUAGCAUUCUGCAUCCAUUAUAUUGCGCUUGCAUGCAUAGAGGCAGUCAACCGAGCAUUACAGCCUCCAAAAUGGUACAUCUUUACCAACAAGCAGUAGAAUCUCUAAUAAGUUCAGGAAGAUACGACAAAUCAGUGGAUUUCACAGUCGUGUUACAGCCAUUUAUUAAAUUAUUCAAUGCUCCGAACGCAGAUCCAAACAAAGCGUCGCCAAUUGAUCCCACCUUGGUCACGUACGACUGUUUUCAUUUUAGUCAAAAGGGGCAUGCACUGGGAGCCAAUCUGUUGUGGAACAACAUGCUCGAACCAGUCGGAAGCAAAACGGAUCACGGUUUGCCGGAGAUAUUCGAAAGAGUUUUAUGCCCAAACGAAAAUGCGCCGUACAUUUUUACGAACGUCAAUUCAAAGUAUUUCAAAAUGACAGGAAGACAGGAUGGUGUUUUGCCCAGAUAAUGUACAAAAGCAUUAGUGAUACUAAUAAUUUUACAUGUGAUAGUUCAUAUCAAACGCGAUGAGAACGAAAGAACAUACGGACAAUAGGAAUCUUUUUAAUGACUGACAUUUUUGUGAAUCAACCGGACAUUCGUGUAAAAUAUUUUAAUAUGA